AUGGCAGCGGGCACAUUGGAGGAGGACAUGCACAUGGAGGAGCUGUUGGACCAGGGUCUGGGGAUGGAGGAGACGGCCCACGACCUGCUGAGGAGGCCUUUACUGAAGGAGAGCUACCACAGCGACUCACUGCUGGCGCCCGACACUGACUUCAUGACAGAUGACCGCAGCUCGGCAGCCAGUGGCCUGGACGUGGCCGACCGGCUGACUUAUCUGGAGCAGAGGAUGCAGAUGCAGGAGGAUGAAAUCCAGCUGCUGAAGAUGGCUCUGGCCGACGUCCUCAAGAGGCUCAACAUCUCAGAGGAACACCAAGCCGCUGCCGGUGGCAGGAGACCAUCGGGUGCCAAAGCCAGGCCAGUUUCUCUCGCUCUGCCCUCCAGACCGCCCAUGGUGACCUCCAGCGCUGCCUCCCUGAAGAAGAGCUCCACGCUGCCCUCCAGCGCCACAGCCAGGAACUACAGCCCAACACCUCCCCGCAGUGGCGUGAAGAGCCCACUGGGUAGCGUGAAGGACAGUCCAUGUAAGACGGCUAAAGCACGACCCACCUCUGCAGCCUCCACCUGUAGGAAACCUCAGGAAGGCAAGUCCAAGGAGGCUGCAGUGAGUGUAGGGACAAGGCGGGUGACACACUGCAAAGUGACUAUGCAGAUCUAUCUGAGCCCCCUCGCAAGAAAGACUGGGUCUUCUGAGACCGGCAAAUCUGUGGCGGCGGUGCCUGCCAACAGCGGGCCCACAGCCACACCUCAGGCGAAGGGGGGCAGCAAGCCGCAGGCGAGGAAAACAACCCCGUCCUUCACCUUAAACCUGCAGAAAACCACGACGAGCCAGAGCACUGCGGCGCAGGACACAUCCACCUACAAGAGCCCCAUCAAGUCGCCCAGCCAGUACUUUCAGAUUUGUUACUGAGACAGAUUUACUACCAGUGUUUCCCUGCCAUUGAGUGAAUCAAACCAAACCAACCACUUGAACAGAAACUGCACAGAGAAAGACAUUCAUCCAAAAAAAACAAGAAAUUGAUUAUAAAUGGGAAUGAGUGCACUUCUUAAACCACAGGGAUUUUCCUCUGCACGUCUUCCUGACUUGGUUGCAGUUGUGCAUGUACAACAUGAGCACAUUUUGAGUUUUAUAGCAAUGUUUUAUGCCAUGGUUAUUCAUUUCAAAGAUAGUGUGAAAGUUCAUUGUCAUUUUCAAGUUGUCAUAGGUCCAUUCCUCACCUGCUAGUACCUGCAUAUUGUUUCACUGAAUGCUUGUGUUUACUGUAAACGUUCUCUCUGUCACUCUAGAUGUCAAGUUUUGAGUUUGUAAGUGAGGAUGAGUGUCCGUAGGCGUUAUUGAGCUCAAACUGUGUUUGAUAUCAGUGAGUCUCUCUCACGCCUGUGUGCUGUGAUGUUUGUAGUUUAGUCAUUAAUGUUCCACUGUGAGCACAACUAAUACACAGGAUGUACCAGGAUAAGUGAAAAAGGCUCAUUCUAG